CCGGUUGUGAUUUUAAAAUGUACAUCGCGAAAGUUUUAGUCGGAGAAUCUACAAUUGGCAAAGAUGGGAUGAAGGCGCCACCAUCGCGGAAUGAUCGAAAUAACCCUGGUUUGCAGUUUGAUUCCCUUGUGGAUAAAAUUAAUGAUCCUUCAAUCUUUGUUAUAUUCCAAGACAAUCAGCACUAUCCUGAGUACCUCGUCUCGUUCAAACAAAGAAAAUAA